CUUACAUAUGUGUUUGCUAAGACUAAUACAAGAUAUAACCCUAUAAUCUUGCUACCCGGCAACUUCAUCCCCAACCCCUCUCCUCUGGGGCUUCAUAUUCUGUUGCUUGUUAUAAAAUUUUAUCUGUGCUUUGUAUUUUGUUUCAUCUUACAAAGAGGAAAGAUGAGGAACGGAGAACCAAAGAGCUAGAGACACUUUUGUCCAACAUUAUUCCACCGUUCUAGAUAGGUCACAUUCAUAUAAUCUUUUGUCUUCUGGGUCUAUAUCAAAGUAUCAAACACCAUGAAUCCAUGACCAUAUAAAACCAUCAAGUUUAAUUAAAUGCUAUCAAUUAUAUUGCAUUAUUGUAGUUUACUCUUUAAAUGGACAUGGACAACACAUUCCAUCGUCCUUUUUUCUUGGCCCUAAAAGGACAAAUAAACUUUAAAUCAUUUAUUGAACAAAAUAAUGGUCGUGACCCGUGUGUCGCCAUCCAGCAGUGAUCUGUUCAUUACCAGAAUCCUCAAUCACCACACGAUUCUCUUCUCUUUCUGGCUCUCAUUCAAUCCCUCGACAUGUCAUCAUGCUGCCACCAUAUCUUCCUUUCUGUCAACCUUUAUUCGUCUCAAAUUUACUUCUCAAUUGCACCCGUUGAUCUCCGUAUUGUUAAAUUUGAUUUAGAAGGGCGGGAGUUAGGGUUUCGGUAACAAAUUAUGAUACGAAAGCAUUAAGAAGAACCAAAUUGAUUCUACUGUUAUGACGAUCGAAUACUCAUGUUGUGAACCCCAGUUCUUUAUUCAUAUUGGGAUAGUAGUGUUGUUAGUUUUGUUUGCCGGAUUGAUGUCCGGGCUUACUUUAGGGCUCAUGUCGUUGAGUCUUGUUGAUUUGGAAGUUCUUGCUAAAUCUGGGACUCCUAAAGACCGUAUAUACGCAGAGAAGAUACUACCAGUAGUUAAAAAACAGCAUCUAUUACUCUGUACACUUCUCAUUUGCAAUGCUGCAGCAAUGGAGGCUCUCCCAAUUUUCCUGGAUAGUCUGAUCACAGCUUGGGGUGCUAUUCUCAUUUCAGUGACAUUAAUACUUCUAUUUGGUGAAAUCAUACCACAAUCUGUUUGUACAAGGCAUGGACUUGCUAUUGGUGCAACUGUAUCUCCAUUUGUGCGUGUUCUUGUUUGGAUUUGCUUUCCUGUUGCAUAUCCUAUAAGCAAGUUACUAGACUAUCUUCUGGGGCAUGAACAUGUUGCUCUUUUCCGAAGAGCAGAGUUGAAAACACUUGUUAAUUUUCAUGGGAAUGAGGCUGGUAAAGGUGGAGAACUAACACAUGAUGAGACAACAAUAAUUGCAGGAGCACUUGAACUCACUGAAAAAACAGCCAGUGAUGCCAUGACUCCUAUAUCUGAUACCUUUUCCAUUGAUAUUAAUGCCAAACUUGACAGGGAAUUGAUGAAUAUCAUUUUGGAGAAAGGGCAUAGCAGGAUACCUGUCUACUAUGAGCAACCAACAAAUAUAAUUGGACUUAUUCUGGUGAAAAAUUUGUUGACUAUUCAUACAGAUGAGGAAGUCCCAGUUAAGAGUGUCACCAUUCGCAGGAUUCCCAAGGUUGCAGAAUCUCUUCCAUUAUAUGACAUCUUGAAUGAAUUUCAAAAAGGUCACAGUCACAUGGCUGUUGUUGUGAGACAAUGUAUUAAGACACCACAGGAGGCUGGAAUGAAGACUCCAUUAUCUGAGAAAGGUGUGAAGGAAGUGCGAGUGGAUGUUGAUGGAGAUCAUAAAAAUCCUCUAGAAAAAAGCUUACAGUCAAAAAGAUCCUUCAAGCAGUGGAAGAGUUUCCCAAGCAGGGGCAGUAAUUCUUUCAAAGGAAACUUCAGCAGUAAAAAAUGGAAUAAAGAAAUGUAUUCAGACAUAUUGGAUAUAGAUGGAAAACCACUUCCAGUCCCUGAUGAAGAAGCAGUUGGUGUAAUAACAAUGGAAGAUGUAAUUGAAGAACUUUUACAGGAGGAAAUCUUCGAUGAAACGGAUCACCAUUUUGAAGAGUCAUGAUAAUUGAUAAAGGCUAGUAGUUUCCACUUGGAAAAUGUUUGUAAUCUUCGGAUUUGAUUACCCAAAAAAGUCAUGCAUGUGUUUAUAUCGAUGUUGUUAGCAUGUUUGCAUUGUGGGUAAUUGUUGAUAAUAUAAUGAAAGAUUUUUGCAUUAAGUGUUCAUGCUUAAAGUUAUGGAAUCGUUUGAUGUAUUUUAAGGAGAAUUAUGACUUAAUUAUUCAGUGGUAAUCAUUUAAGCGUCU